GCAGGUGUCUGUGUCCAGCUUCUUCAUGACUUACAGAGUGCUGAGUCAACUGGUUCCCAUCCUACCGGGACUUUUUCUGGCAUGGCUCGGGGAUAUGGGCUGGAGGAAAAGCCUCAUUGCGCUCCCACUGCUGGGCCUCAUGCUAUCCCGACUUGUGGUUCUAUUCAUGUUGAUAUUGGACUGGCCGCUCAAAGUCUUGUGGGUGGAAGUGAUCAUCACUGGAUUGUGUGGGGGCACCACUGUUUUCUGGAGUGGCAUCAUGACUCUGUUGUCUCUUUGCUCCACGGGGCAGGAUAGAUCCAAACUAUUGAUGAGAGCAGAGCUUAUCAGUGGACUAUCUGGUGUUGUGGGCUGUUUGACAGCUGGACACUUGUACGAUUUCUCCAGUCCAACCCUGAGACCAGGUGUUGUCACCUUGCUGCUGUGUUUUCUGCUUCAUGCAUCCUGCAUCCUCUAUGUGAUCUUCUUCCUAAAGGUAGGAGCAUUGUGUGAUAACAAGACCCUGAAAAAAGCCAACGACGAAGCCACAUGGGACCAUCCACACAAAGUUUCGAACAUAAUACUGUUGUGGGUGUCAGUAGUCCUCUACAAUGCUGUAGAUUCUUCAACCAGAAACAUACUGGUCUUGUUUCAGUUGAUGGAGCCUCUCCACUGGAAUGUGAUUCAGGUUGGCUAUGGGAAUGCCUCUGGCUUCCUGAUUACACUCUCAAGCUUCCUGAGUUCCGUGAUUUUAUCAAGGUGGCUCAGUGAUAGCGCUCUGAUCACCAUCGGCCUGCUCUCCAAUGCUGCUGGCAUGCUUCCUAUGGCCUUUGCCACCACUACAUACAUGUUUGUAAUUGCCCGUGCCCUGACAUUCUUCUCCCUGAUGCCUGUUCCGUUCAUCUGUUCUCUAUUGUCCCAGCAAGUACAUGGUUCUUCAUACAGUAAACUCCUCACCUCACUGCAGCUGUCUUUGAAAAUUUCCAGUGCGGGAACUAACCUGCUGUACGCCAAGAUUUACAAAGAGACUUUCAGUUGGUUUCCUGGCCUUGUACUAGUACUAUCCAGCUUGAUAUCCACUCUGGCCAUCAUACCCAUAAGAAUAUAUGACAGUAGACUGUCUGUUAGGUGCAUCUACCGGGUCAUUGAAGAUGAAGAGGCCGAUCAACCAGACCUGUUACUUGAGAAGCAAGAACCCAGUGGUGAAAAACCAUUUUGCAAGUUGUGGCGUGGGUGAGCUGGAGCCUAUCCAAACAGGCUUUUGGGCAAGAGGACCAUAGACUGGUCGCCAGCCAAUGGGAGGGCACAUAUAGACAAACAAGCAUUCACACUCACAUUCACACCUACAGUAUAUCCAAUGUAGAGUUUUCAAUUAACAUAAUAAGUAGAUUGGUGGAGGACACCAGAGCUCUGGUGGGUGAAGAGUGCGCAAGCAGUGCUGCACCUCUUGAGCUAGGUGGGUUGUGGGUUUGGUACCUUGCUCAAGGGAACCAUAAUAGACUGUUGCCAGGAAGCAGACUCGCAUCUCUCCAACAACCAGUUGCCAUUCUUUUUUCUAUGUAGCAGGACUCGAACCAAAACCUUUCGGUUCCAAAGCCCAAGUCCUUACAAAGUGUAGAAACAAGAUAUUGUGUAACAUCUAACUUAAUUUGUUGUUGUAUUGUUGUUCAAUUUGUAUUCUUUAUUGGUUUAUUUAUGAUCAAUAUUCUGAUCGGGGGCUGAACAUCUCCCAAGUUUGAAUCCUCGAUUCGCACAACUGGC